CAGUCACGAAUUCAGUUUCGAAGCGUUCGGUUGCAGCGUUUAAGGAGCUUGUGCUGCCAAAAGGACCACAAAUUAGAAACUCUUGUUUUGUUUUGAUUUUCGCAAAAAUUUCGCGCGAAUUUUUACAUUGGUGUGCGUGUGUGCCCUCGUGGCGGGCAACCCUAGGAACUGUCUCCUGUCUUCUGGCUGACUCCUUUGGAGUGUAUGUGUAUUUGUAUUUGUCUUUAAGACAUCCCACCAAAGGACGAAGGAGCCAAGGCAGAAGCAGUAGCAGCAGUAAGCAUCCACAGCUGAGAUAGACACUCCGGAAAAUAUACAUCUCAAUAGCGGGACAUAGAUAUUACUAGAGAACCUCCUCCCUAUAUAUAUUGAGCUGCGAAAAUGACAAUUGUGAGUUGUGGUACAAAAUUGUUGGCUUCGCAUGCGGGGCACAAUCAAAGCAAACGUCAUUAGCACUCGCCGCGACAUCGCCUUCGAUUGACAGGAGCCAGAGGAGAAGGAGUAGGAGAAGAAGCAGUAGCUAUAGCAGGAGAAGGAAGCGAAGGUCCUGCCGCAGAAGCAGGCACGAACAACUUCACAUUUGCAUAACUUUAGUGCAACGCCAGCGUUCAGAUUCCGAUUCACAGAUGUCAAUGGACGUGGCAGGGGGACAGAGCAGUGAACCGAGGCAGCUGAAAAUCAAAGCCCAAUUGGCACAAACACGCGGUAAAUAGAAAUCGCAAUCGGAAUCGGAAUUGAAAUAGAAAUUCGCAUUCAAAUUCAAAUGCAAAUAGAAAUAGAAAUUGCCACGAGAGUCCCAAUAGAAGAAGAAGAAAAAAACAACAAAAAAACAACAAAAACUAUACAAAAAAACAAAACUGAAAAUAGCAACUAAAAUACCCAUAAAAUAAUAGAAAAACAAAAAGUGCCACAGAAACAGCUGCUGCAGCAAAUAAAAGAACCGCAACAGCAGCAACAACUGCUGCAACAAAAACAAGUGCAACAGCAACAACAACGAUAGCAACAAGGACAUCAACAAUAUGGAGAAGCUGCUGCAAUCGACGCUGUUUGUCAUCCUGAUAAUGGCCACAAAAUGCGGCAGUGGCACGGCCCAGAGCCAGCAUCACGAAAGCAAUUCCCAGCUGGAUCCCGAUCCAGAAUUUAUCGGGUUCAUCAACAACGUCACAUAUCCUGCAGGACGCGAGGCCAUCCUGGCAUGCUCGGUCCGAAACCUGGGCAAGAAUAAGGUCGGCUGGCUUAGAGCCUCAGAUCAAACAGUAUUGGCCCUUCAAGGACGUGUGGUUACCCAUAAUGCUAGAAUCAGUGUCAUGCACCAGGACAUGCAUACCUGGAAACUAAAAAUAAGCAAACUGCGAGAAAGUGAUCGUGGAUGCUACAUGUGCCAAAUAAAUACGAGUCCCAUGAAAAAGCAAGUCGGUUGCAUCGAUGUGCAAGUUCCACCGGAUAUUAUUAAUGAGGAGUCUUCCGCCGAUUUGGCUGUGCAGGAGGGCGAGGAUGCCACGCUCACAUGCAAGGCUACGGGAAAUCCCCAGCCGCGCGUCAUUUGGCGUCGGGAAGAUGGUGAAAUGAUACUCAUACGCAAGCCAGGAAGUCGUGAACUAAUGAAAGUAGAGUCAUAUAAUGGAUCCUCGCUAAGGUUGCUACGUCUGGAGAGACGCCAAAUGGGAGCCUAUUUGUGUAUAGCCUCCAACGAUGUUCCGCCGGCGGUCAGCAAACGUGUGUCGCUCAGCGUGCAGUUUGCUCCGAUGGUAAGGGCCCCCAGCCAGCUACUGGGCACCCCGCUGGGCUCUGACGUUCAGCUGGAAUGCCAGGUGGAGGCCUCCCCGUCACCUGUGUCCUACUGGCUAAAGGGAGCGCGAACUUCGAAUGGAUUCGCCAGCGUCUCGGCGGCCAGCUUGGAAUCCGGUUCGCCGGGUCCCGAAAUGCUACUCGACGGGCCCAAGUACGGGAUAACAGAGCGGCGCGAUGGCUAUCGGGGCGUCAUGCUGCUGGUGGUGCGUUCCUUCUCGCCCUCCGACGUGGGCACCUAUCACUGCGUCAGCACAAACUCGCUGGGCCGUGCCGAGGGCACAUUGCGGUUAUACGAAAUCAAGCUUCAUCCGGGCGCCUCUGCCAGCAACGAUGAUCAUCUGAACUAUAUCGGAGGUCUCGAGGAGGCACGAAAUGCAGCCUGCAGGAGACACACGAGGUGGCAUCCUCUGCUUGCAACACUCCUGCUGCUUCUGUGGAUGAGGACUAACCUAAGAGCUGGGGGAGCGUGAUAUCAAAACUGAGAGAAGAAGAGCCGGCAAUCAAGUAUUCCUACAGAUUCCCUCGGAUACCGACAUCGACAUCUCUCUCUCUCGCCUGCGUUCUUGUUAUUCAUUUCCGUUUCCGGUUCUGUCUCCCGACUCCUUAUAGCGCACACACAAAUAAGCACAAACACACACAUACAUAUUGCCGGAGGCACCUCCGCUGCCUCAGAAAUAUCAUUUGCAUACGUAUCAGGAAACGCGUUGUUCCCACCCGCGCAACUCUCCCUCCACUGCCCUACCCCACCCCUCCCUUCCCAUUCCCCUCCUAAAAAGGAUACGAAAAACAGGAUAUCAAAAGUGGACAAUUGGAUGAGAACCCUUCCUUUGGCCCCAAACCAAGCCCCAAAAUAAUGUUACAUUGCAUAUAAAUUAAAUAUGAAUACUAUAAAAUAGUGCAUAAAAUUUAUUAUCAUAAUAUAAAUACCGACAAAAUUAUUGAAUAAAUUAUCGCAAAGUGGAAAAA